UCACUUGGAAACGACGUGAAGACUCUUACCGUUUAUCCGUAUUUAUUUGAACCAUGAAGUGUCACUAUGAAGUGUUGGGUGUGAAACGAGACGCAGGUGACGAUGAUUUGAAGAAAGCGUACCGCAAAUUAGCCUUGAAGUGGCAUCCGGAUAAAAACUUGGACAAUGCAGAGGAGGCGGCGGAGCAGUUCAAGUUGAUCCAGGCAGCGUACGAUGUCCUGACUGAUCCACAGGAGAGAGCCUGGUAUGACAACCACAGGGAGGCUCUGCUGAAAGGGGGCCUCAGUGGAGAUUAUGAAGAUGACGGCGUUGAUCUGCUGCAAUACUUCACGGUCACCUGCUACUCUGGCUUCGGAGACGAUGAGAAGGGCUUUUAUACAGUGUACAGGACCCUUUUCGAGUCCAUUGUGAAGGAGGAGAUGGAGCACAGCAAGGUGGACAAUGAGGACGACGAGGAGGAGUUUCCUCCCUUUGGAGACUCUCAAAGUGACUAUGAUACGGUCGUGCAUGUGUUUUACGGCUACUGGCAGAGCUUCUGCACGCGGAAGAACUUCGCCUGGAAGGAGGAGUACGACACGAGGCAGGCCUCCAACCGCUGGGAGAAGAGGGCCAUGGAGAAGGAAAACAAGAAGACCAGAGAAAAGGGGCGAAAGGAGCGCAACGAGAUGGUGCGGCAGCUGGUGGCCUUCAUCCGGAAGCGCGACCGCCGCGUGCAGGCCCACAGGAAGCUGGUGGAGGAGCAGAACGCCGAGAAGACGAGGAAGGUGGAGGAGCUGAGGCGGAAGCAGAAGCUCCAAAACGCCAAGCUGGCGGAGGACUACCAGGAGCAGAGCUGGGCGGCCAUGUCCGAACUCGAGAAGGAGCUGCAGCAGAUAGAAGCUCAGUACGGAGAGGAGUUCGGAGACGCGUCAUCGGAGAGCGAGGACGAAGAGCUGGACACGCGAGAGAAGAACAGCGAAGAGGGAGAAGCAGAUCAGCCCGAUGGAGAAGACUUUGAUGAUUAUGAUGAUCUCUACUGCCCAGCCUGCGACAAAUCCUUCAAAUCAGAUAAAGCCAUGAAAAACCACGAGAAGUCCAAGAAGCACCGGGAGAUGGUGGCGUUGCUGCGGCAACAGCUGGAGGAGGAAGAGGAUUCACUUGGGUUGAACGUGGAUGGGAAGGAGGGAGGAGAGAACGAAGAAGAGGAGGAGGAGGAAGAGGAGGAACAGCCGCGGCAAAAGUUUGUCGAGUCUUCGUGUGAUACUUUUCCAUUUAUUUUACCAGGCUGUAAAGAGCAUUUAGCCGUGACGGCGUCAUGUGAAGUUUGUUUCGCUCUCCCGCUCCACCCACGCAGGCUCUCGAAAAAACAGAAGAGGAAAAAGAAGCAGCAGAAAGUGAUACAUCAAAGUACACCUGAGGAGGACCAGGAGGAGCAGCAAACCGCAAACAUCUGUGAGGAAGAGCCUCCGGAGAAGGCGGCAGAGCCAGAGAACCAGGAGGACGUCCCUCCUACGGAAGUCAAGAGCAGCUCUGUGAAGACGAAGGGGAAGAAGGGAGGCGGAAAAGACAAACCGAAAAGCGCCAAGCAGCCCACGGGAGAACAGUUUCCUGAGAAGGAAGUGAUCCUCUGCUGCGUCACCUGCCACCACGAGUUCCCGACCAGGAACAAGCUGUUCGACCACCUGAAGACGAGCGGCCACGCCAUCGCCAUCUCCGCUGCCCACGGCUCCACGAGCAAGAGCAAAAAAGACAAGAGGAAGAACAGAUAGCACCUCUGCACAACGAGUCAGCAGGGACACGGGGGGAGAAAAAAAAGCCUUUCGAAGUGGUAUUAAGCGGACUGUGCUGGAUGAUUAGGCUUUUUUUUUUUUUUUAAAUGACCCAAAAACAGGAUACAUUUAUCCUCACUACCACGUGUGUGUUUCACAGUUCAUUUUGUCGUUUGUCUCAAAGAGCUCUGUAGUAGUGUUACUAAUAAAGGUGAUGCUACAUGUUGGUAUUUAUUCAA